UCCCUUCACGUAGCUGCUUCGCCGGGCGGGAUUUCCGCAAUAAUAUCAAGUAUGGCGAAAACGUACGACUAUUUGUUUAAACUACUGCUAAUCGGUGACUCCGGUGUGGGGAAGACCUGCGUCCUGUUCAGGUUUUCGGAAGACGCCUUUAACUCGACGUUCAUUUCCACGAUAGGCAUCGAUUUCAAGAUUAGGACAAUAGAGUUGGACGGAAAGAAGAUAAAGUUACAGAUAUGGGAUACAGCAGGUCAAGAGCGCUUCCGAACAAUUACCACAGCCUACUACAGAGGAGCCAUGGGCAUCAUGCUCGUCUACGAUAUCACCAACGAGAAGUCCUUCGAUAACAUCAAGAAUUGGAUCAGGAACAUAGAAGAGCAUGCAUCGUCUGACGUGGAGAAAAUGGUCCUCGGGAACAAAUGCGACAUCAAUGACAAGCGACAGGUGUCCAAAGAAAGAGGGGAGAAGCUGGCACUCGAGUAUGGCAUCAAGUUCAUGGAGACAAGCGCAAAGUCCAACAUCAAUGUGGAGAAUGCAUUUUUGACUCUCGCCAGAGACAUCAAAUCAAAAAUGGAUACAAAAUUGGAGGGCAACACGCCCCAGGGAAGCAGCCACGGAGUCAAGAUCUCAGAGCCUCAGAAAAAGACCAGCUUCUUCCGCUGCAGCCUACUCUGAGGACCGAGGCCUUCCACACUGGCCGCCUGCUGGCUGGACAGACACGGACUGUGCUCACUCUUAGCACUUCCUGCCCCUUUUCCUCUUUCUUCCCACCCACGACCUGCCCUCCCGGUCCACGUAAACCAUUAUAUUGUCAGUAAGCGGAGGACUCCCCUUCCCCCUCUUCCUCUUCUGAAAGCUUCCAGGGUUGCAUCUCUUCCGUUUUAAGGAGAUCUUGUCGUCUUCUCGGGUCACGGCGCUUUGGCUGGCGGAGGACUCGGUCCAGGAGCAUUAUCCAGAUGUUCCAUUCCACACAAAACGCAGACUCUUACUUCCAACGUCGGUUCCUUUGUUCCACACAUUCACGUCUUCACACAGUAGCACAACAGCAAGAAAUGAGAAAUCGCUUGAAAGAAUAGUUUUGGAAUUGGAAUACAGAUGUGAUAUUUAGGUCUAUUUUUAAUAGCGCUUUCCCUUUUUAUGUGAGAAUUGUCAACCAGAGGCCGACAGGCUGGAGCUGCUGUGAAACGGAGCGGCAUGCGCUUUGUUUUUCAUAUCAUCAGCUGAGAGUACGACCGAGAGCAGUGGAGGAAGAGAAAGGUAUCGGAAGGUUUGGGAUUUGAUUUCUGUGCACGGGUUUGCAAGUAGGCCGAGUUUUUCGUUUUGCCUUCAAUAUUGGCGCUAAUUUCUUCCAUCUGCACAGAAACUGCAGCUCGUUGGGUGUGGAGGCCGUCUGUGAGGAAGUGUCGGGUGUAUUCAUGGGAGAACGUCGAUGUACUACUGUAUUUUUAUUCUUUUGCAAGUGAAAUAUUACUCUGUGAUUUAAAAAAAAAAAAAAAAAAAAAAAAAAAAGUGUUUCCUUUGAGAACAGAAUGAGACUUCAUUGAGUUAAAAUAA